CGCAGAAGCCAUGUUAUGUUCAAGCUGAAGGGAUGUUUGAAAGAUGAAAGUCAUCUUAUGAUGAAAUUUAGUUGCCGAGAAAUGCCGCCCAAGAAAUUGAAUAAAAUUGCAGACUAAUGCAGCCUAUGCAAUUCCAAAGCGGUUUUUCUUGGUCGAUUGUUCUUCAGAUCUCAGUGAUCCAACAAUUCAAUUUCGCUGUUAGACGGGAUACUGGGUGUGUUGAGGAACCAUGACGGAACUGGAAAAGAGCCUCAAGUUGAAGAGAAGAGGUGCCAAGGCCAGGUUUACACGAUUGGGAAAUGCCUUGGAUUUCCUGGUAAAUGAAGAACGCUCUGUUGAUGAUAUAUCCAAGGCAGAGUCGGACUAUGAGGAGGCCUACAAGGAUCUUCAGGUGAAACACGAAGCUCUUACUGAUACCAUUGAAGAUGACUCUGUCUUUGAAGAGGAAGAGAAGUAUAUGGAUGAAUGCCAGAAAGUGUUCCUCAGGUUACAGGUCAAAGUAAUGGAUUACUUGGAAAACUUAGCUGCGGCUAGUGAUGGACAACCUGUAGGAAUGCAAGAUGUACGAGAUGCUUCUCCUAUGACAGAUAGUAGUCAAGCACAUGGAACAAGAGUAGGAACUGAGCCAUCGUGUUUCAAGAUGGAAAGACCUAAGCUACCCAAGUUCACUGGCGACUUAAGGGAGUAUCAUUCUUUUAAGGCUGACUUUCAGCAUGUGGUUCACCGACAGUAUGGAGGAAGAGAUGCUCUAAUGAUCCUUAAGUCCUGUCUUUCUGGAAAGCCACUGCAGAACAUACAAGGAUUAGGGCAAGAUUAUGAUGCUGCUUGGAAGCAACUGGAUUUGCUGUACGGCGAUCCACGAAUGAUUGCUUAUGUUAUCGUGAAUGACCUCUCAAAGAUCAAAGGCCUAAAGAGUGGAGAAGAUGAAAGGUUUGUGAACUUUGUGAACCUUGUACGACGAAGCUACAAUUCACUCAACGAGAUUGGCAGAGGUAGUGAUAUGAAUAAUAGCCAUAUGUUAGCCUUGAUCGAGAGGAAGAUGUGUGUAGAGGAUCGACGGCUAUGGUUCCGUUCUCAACAAGGGAACACGUCGCCUACAUUGGAGGUCCUUCUUCAAUUCCUGGAAGUGGAGAUGAAGGCAAGACUGCGGUCUUCAGCACCUGUCAGAAGUGAUGCAAGGUCUAGUGGUGCCGUUAAUCAAAUAUCAACAACAGUAGCAUCACCCAAAAGGACGGAAAACAGAUGCUGGGUGUGCAAAUCCGAUGGGCAUUGGACAGAUCAGUGCACAAGAUUUACAUCCAAGUCCCUAGAUGAGAGAAUGCAAAUGGUCAAAGACAACUAUGCUUGUUUUAGUUGCCUUAAAAAAGCAAGUAAGGAUCAUCGUAUUUCAACUUGCAAGAGAAAGAAACGGUGCACUGAAACAGUUGACGGAGUACAAUGCUCAUACUUCCAUCAUCCAUUACUCCACUCUGGCAAGAAACCCGAAAGAAAAGAAGGAAAUGUUACCAAACAAGUAGGGAUAACAGCAGUUGAUGAUGAUGAGGCCCUUCUUCCAGUUCUGACUGUAGAUGUGAUUGGCAACAGGCGAGCUGCAAGUACAAAUCAAGGAAAUCUAUUAUUAGAUUCUGGAUCACAGACCAGUCUGAUCAGGGAAGCAUUUGCUGAGAAGCUGAUGCUAAAAGGUGUGCCAAUUACUCUUACUAUGAUAAAAGUAGGAGGAACGGAAGAGGUGUUUCAUACUAAGAGGUAUCUGGUUCCUCUGAGAGAGUGUGGGAAGAGUUCGAGACCUAUUGUUAUCAGCGCCAUGAGUAUCCCCUGUAUAUCUGAGAACAUCGCUGCGGUGGAUAACGAGGCUCUUGCAAGGAGGUUCCACCUAAAGAAUGAUGAACUGAAAAGAGGUAGUGGUUCAGUGGACGUCUUAGUGGGUAUUGACAAUGCUAAACUUCAUGGAGGAGAGGUUCGAGAAGAUGGCUACCUCGCAGCUCGUCGAUCUCCUCUCGGCUGGGUGGUGUUCGGCGUAAAACCUACGGAUAAACCUAAGGACAGUAAAGUCUUUCAUAUCAAGAUGAUAUCAAAUCCUGUAGAUCUGACAGACUUUUGGAGUUCGGAGACGAUGGGCGUGAUACCGACGUCCUGUCAUUGUAUGCCGAGCGGUCUCAGUAGACAAGAGGAGAUUGAGGAACAGACGAUCAGAAGUUCUUGCAAGAAAGUAGGAAAUCAGUGGCAAGUCUCCUACCCAUGGAAGAAAGAUCCCAACCUUUUACCAGAUAAUCGGUCACAAGCGGAAAAGAUCUUGGUAACAACAGAGAAGAGACUAGCCCGAAAUGAGGUAUAUGCAGCAGCAUAUAAUGAACAGAUGAACGAAAUGGAAAAUUUAGGGUUUUCCAGAAAGCUUGCUGACAGUGAGAUAGACAGCUACCAAGGGCCAGUACAUUACAUAUCUCACCACGCAGUACUGCGGCCAGAGAAGAAAAGUACACCAGUACGCAUAGUGUUCAACUCUUCUGCUUCUUUUCAAGGCCACACACUGAAUGAGUACUGGAUGAAAGGGCCGGAUCUCCUUAACAGUCUUCUUGGAGUUCUACUUCGAUUCAGAGAGAGGAAAGUAGCUGUGUGUGGUGAUAUAUCUAAAAUGUAUCACAGAGUUCUGGUGCCAGAGUCCGACCAGCAUGUUCAUAGAUUCUUGUGGCGGAACAUGCAAACUACCCGGUCACCAGACACCUACAUCAAGACUGUUCUGACGUUUGGCGAUAAACCUGCCCCAGCCAUGGCUCAGAUUGCGCUGAGAAAGACGGCCGAGGAAGCAGAGAGUAGACAUCCAGAAGCGGCCCAAGUACUAAAAACCUGUGUCUAUAUGGAUGACAUAUGUGAGUCAGUCACUGAUAAUCCGGAAGCCGAGAGACUCACAAAAGAGAUUGACCAGGUCCUAGCUGAAGGAGGAUUCAAGGUAAAAGGAUGGUUGUCCAAUCAACCAUUAACAGGAAACACCCAGGAGGAUAAAGAGGUGAGACUCCUUGAAACUAUGACAGAGGAAAAGGUUCUGGGUGCAGUAUGGGAGAAUAGCUCUGAUAUGUUCUCCUACAAAGUAAAGAUGGACCUAGAUGAGACAGACGAAGAUGUUAGCCUUUACAAGAGACAAAUAUUGAGCCAGAUAGCACGAGUCUUUGACCCGUUAGGAUUUGUGUCACCAUUUCUGGUUCGUGCCAAGAUAGGGAUGCAGAAGUUCUGGGAAAAAGGCUAUGAAUGGGACGAAAAACUGCCAGAAGAAGAUCAGAAGUGGUGGAUAGCCUUUUUCAAGGAAAUGAAAGAGUUGAGUGAGGUUAGGAUAGCUAGAAGCCUCACACCAGCAACAGCUGUUAACAAUCCCAUACUGUGUGUAUUCGCAGAUGCCUCUCAAGACGCUUUCGGGUCAUGCAUCUAUCUCCGAUGGCAGCUUGAAGGAGGGACGUAUGAAGUGAGGUUUGUGGUAGCCAAGUCGAGAGUAGCACCGUUGAAGAAGUUAACCAUGCCACGCCUCGAACUUCAAGCUGCUGUAUUGGCAACAAGACUGUACACCACUGUGAAGAAAGAGCUGCGACUAGAGAUUGAACAGGUGGUUUUCAUGACAGAUAGCCAGAUUGUUCUGUCAUGGGUUAGGAGCCAAAGAAAGCGAUACAAGCCUUUCAUCGCAGUGAGAGUGGCGGAAGUACAAAGUCAGUCUGACCCAGCUCAAUGGCGUUAUGUUCCCGGAAGUUGCAACCCAGCUGAUGAUGUGUCUAGAGGGCUGCCAACAGCAAAACUGGGCAACAGAUGGCUGAAAGGACCAGACUUCUUGUACACCCCAGAAUGUGAAUGGCCAACUGGUGAUGGUGAAGCUGUACUGGAUGACGAAGCUGUACUUGAAGUGGAAAAUCGAAAGGUCUUUCUGGUUUCCAUGGCAACAAACCAGGAAGUUAUCAACUGUGAAAACUUCUCUAGUUGGAGACGUCUUGUCAGAGUAGCUGCCUACGUAUUGAGAUUUGUGCACAAGUUAAAGGAUGCACUAAAUGCUGACAAGAAAGAUGAUGAUAGCCAAUGUUUGACACCAGAGGAGAUACAAGAAGGAGAGAAUAUGCUGAUCAGAGGAGCUCAAACCACCCUGAAAGCACGCCUUGACAAGGGGGAAUUCAAGACUUUGAGCCCCUACACUGAUGAGAAGGGAAUCAUCCGAGUUGGUGGUAGAACGGACAGAUCACUACUAUCAUUUGAUAUGAGACAUCCAGUGCUUUUGCCACGUGAAGACAGGAUAUCGUGGCUCAUAACUAGUGAGAUGCAUCAGGAAGGUCACAGUGGAGUAGCAGCCACUACUGGGAAAGUAAGAAAACGCUACUGGAUUUUGCAGGGACAUAAGCUUGCAAAAAUGAUCAAGUUCAGAUGCACGAAGUGUAGACAGAUGAAACAUGCAGUUGAGAAACAGCUAAUGGCAGAAUUACCUCAGCAAAGAGUAGCCCCUCAGACUCCCCCAUUCUACAAUACAUCUGUUGAUUAUUUUGGUCCAUACAGAGUGAAGAUUACCCGUAACACAACUGCCAAAUACUAUGGGGUAAUUUUCACGUGCCUCAACACAAGAGCAGUACAUCUGGAGAUGGCUACGGACUGCUCAACCAUGGCCUUUCUUCUAGUGAUCAGGCGGUUCUUUGCAAUUAGAGGCCAACCUGCCUAUCUAUUGAGUGACAACGGUACGCAAUUUGUCGGUGCCGACAGAGAGCUGCGUGAGGUAAUCAGAGGUUGGGAUGCUCAGAAACUAGCUGAAUUCUGUGCAAGUAAGAGAACUGAAUGGAAAUUCACCACUCCUUCGGCGCCUCACCAGAACGGAUGUGCGGAAUCGCUCGUGAAAAGCUGUAAAUACGCCUUGAAGAAAGCCAUCGGAGAACAGCUUUUAACACCAUUUGAGCUAUAUACAUGUUUGUUAGAUAUAGCCAACCUCAUCAAUCAGCGGCCAAUUGGUAGAAUUCCCAACGAUCCUGAUGAUGGGAGUUACAUUUGCCCAAACGACAUGCUGCUUGGUAGAGCGUCGCGUGAUGUACCUCAAGGCCCCUUUAGAGAUUCGCAGAAUCCUCGACAUCGGGUAGAAUUUGUUCAACAAAUCGUCGACUCCUUUUGGAAGCGUUGGACACGAGAUGUUCUAGCUCUAUUAGUGCCUCGAAGAAAGUGGAAUGCGGAUCGUCGGAAUGUUCGUGUUGAUGACAUCGUUAUGCUUGCGGACGCAAACGAGGUUCGAGGAAAGUGGUUGCUAGGUCGGGUCGUUGAAGUGUAUCCCGGUCUAGAUGACAGAGUUCGCAAUGUCAAAGUGAGAACUGCAUCGGGUGAAUAUCGUCGUCCAAUCACCAAAAUCGCAGUUAUAUGCCCUGCUGAAGGUUAUACAGAUGAGUGA